AUGUAUGGAGGGAAUCAAAGGUUUAAUAAUUACAUUAAAGAAAACAGAAUUGAUAUUGAUAAUAUUUUUGAUAAAUACACAAAUAAUAAAGUAAUGAGGUAUUCACAAGAUUUAAUGAAUAGAAUAAAAAAAGAGCAGGGGAUUAAAAUUGAUAGUGCCUGUAAUAAUAAAGAUUUAAAAACAACUAAUAUAUUUUCAGAAACAGUUAAAUCAACAUUUAGUGAGAGAGUAAAAGAAUUUCCCCAAAUGGCCACAGAAUGUAAAAAUAACUCAUCAACAUACAUAAAAGAUAAAGUUUCUUAUUUAAAAGAAAAAGUAACAAACUAUUCACCUGAGUUAGCACAAAUAGGAGCAACAACAUUCGUAAUGGCAGAUAAAUUAUCAAGUGUUUUAAUUGACACAACAAAGAAAAUUGGAAAUAAAACUAUAACCGUAACAAGUAAUAUUGGUAGUAAAAUUUAUGGAGAAGCUAAAGAAUAUUUAGAUAAAAUUAAAUCAGAUAAAACAGAAUCUUCACUUAAAUCAGCUAAUACAAUUAACUAUGUAUAUAAUCCUCGUUCUCCUUUAAAUGAAAAGAAACAAGAUUGGAGUUAA